AUGGUCAGAGUGUCUCGUGGCUGCCAGCCCUGUGUUGACGCUCAUCUUCAGUGUAAUGGGAGAUCGCCCUGCUCCAGAUGCCGCAUCCUGAAUAUCACUUGCGCGAACGGUCAUCGGGUCUUCCAAUUUCGCGACGAAGCUCCCGCACUACGCCAGCGCUACCGCACAACACCGUCGCCCUCCCCCUCAAAGUCUCCGUCCCCUUCCGACCCGUUAGACCAGCCCCUACCCUCGCCUCAAUCCGGUGAACAGAUCGAACUCCCUUUGCGCCCAUCCCCUCGAGCUGAAUACAAAAUGGUUUCGCUCAGCAUGGACGAAUAUGUGAGCCCGUCAUUAAGCGCCAAAGCCAUUUCUUCCCAACAGACUCAGAUCUUCACGAAUUACGUCCUUGCUUCCUUCCCCUGUUUCUUCCGCUGUACGGAAACACGUGUCCCCAUCAACUGGGUUGAAUAUGUCGACCGAAGGCGAGGUUCCAUGAACUCUUGCUUUGACUGGGCCGUACGAGCAUGCACAGCUGCAUACCUGGGGUUCCUACAUGACGAUUCGCGAUACCUGCUUGCUUCGCAGGAAUUAUAUAAUCGUGCUCUUCGUGGUCUCGCACAUCUUGUAGCCAAUGAAGCUACCGCAAAGUCGGAUGAAGCAUUGGCCUCAGCAAUCACGUUAGCAGUCUUCGAGAAACACAAUUGCAGCAGCCCAGACGCAUGGUUGCGUCAUGCAUCUGGUAUUCGAACGCUUAUGAAACUUCGGGGCCCCAAGGCGCAUCUUCAAGGGUUCGGACGAGCCAUGUACAUCGUGUAUCGGAAUUUUCUCAUCAGCGCAGCUCUGGUCGAGGGCGAAGCAUGUUUCUUGGAAGAGCCCGAGUGGCGAGCGCUCAACGAACAAAUAGCUGCAGAAAACGCAAAACUACCGACCUCCUCACUUUACACUGAUGUGGUAGAACGUGGAUUUCUCGAGGUGUUAAAGCUUCCUGGCUAUGUGAAACGGACGAGGGAAGUACAAACGCGGUCCCCGAAGGAAAGAGCCAAGGUUCAGCCGGCCGUCCUUCAAGACGUCCAUGCAACUCGUGCUGCACUUCGAGGAAUCUAUACAGAAUUCGGCGUCGCAAUAUCAAUGCUUCGCUCUGGGCAAGAUGGUGAUGACGCUUUCGUCGGCCCGGUACCCCAUUUCUUCUUUGAAGGCUACUCCUCCCUAUUUGCGCGCGGCCUUCGCUUAGCCCUUCUGAUUCUCAAUUACUUGAUUGUGAUCAUGGACCCGAAACAACGUACGACAAUCGACUCUGAUAACUUCAUGCUUCUGAACGAUAUGUCUCGAAACGAACACCUACCGCACCCAAACUUCAAAUUCAAGCUUCCCCUGACGCCCCCGAAAUCACCUGGCCGCCCAAGCAUUGUUAUACGAUCCUUGAUCACUGCGGAAAACAGACACCCGCCCACUACCGACUGGAUGGACCGCAUCAUUACGACAAUGGGACUUGAAGCAGUCCACGUCUGUUUGGUCGGGUGA